AUAGGGUUACAUUGCUAUAUUGGGGGGAGUAACUUGUCACACAUAUCAAGUUCUAGGGUUUUCUUUGUAAUUUACGCACUAUAUAUUCCAUCUCUACGCGAUCUAGGGAUUUCUCUGUAAUCGUCCAGCAACGGCCGGUAUCGCGAGCAGUAGAGAGAGAUGGCCGAAUCGCAAGCCAAGGCACCUGUGGUUCCAGAGUCAGUGUUGAAGAAACAGAAGAGGAGUGAGGAAUGGGCUUUGAAGAAAAAGGAAGAGCUGGCAACCUUGAAGAAGAAGAAUGCUGAGAACCGAAAGCUGAUCUUUAACAGAGCCAAACUAUACACCAAGGAGUAUGAGGAACAGCAAAAGGAGCUGGUUCAGUUGAAGCGUGAGGCAAGAUUGAAAGGGGGUUUUUAUGUCAAGCCCGAAGCUAAGCUUCUGUUCAUUGUUCGUAUCCGAGGUAUCAAUGCUAUGGAUCCAAAGACUAGGAAGAUAUUGCAGCUUUUGCGUUUGAGACAGAUUUUCAAUGGUGUCUUCCUUAAAGUAAACAAAGCAACAGUGAAUAUGCUCCAUAGGGUUGAGCCGUAUGUGACCUAUGGGUACCCCAAUCUGAAGAGUGUGAAGGAACUCAUUUACAAGAGAGGUUAUGGAAAGCUAGAUAAACAGCGGAUUGCUUUAACUGAUAAUGCAAUCAUUGAACAGGCAUUGGGGAAGUACGGGAUUAUCUGUAUUGAAGACCUUAUCCAUGAGAUCUUGACAGUUGGGCCACAUUUUAAGGAGGCUAAUAACUUCCUGUGGCCAUUCAAACUCAAGGCUCCAUUGGGUGGUCUAAAAAAGAAGAGGAACCAUUAUGUCGAAGGAGGCGAUGCUGGAAACCGUGAAGAUUACAUCAAUGAGCUCAUCAGGAGGAUGAACUAGAUUUUUGCCUCGGUGAUAUCUAGCUUUUUGAAGUUUAGAGGUUCAUUGUGCUUCUUGAUGGCAUUUGGAAGAAUCUUACUCGAGUUUCUUUGGCAUUUGAGUUUCAGAGUAUUCUGUUUCUUAGUCAAGAGUCUUUACAUGCUGGUGUUAGACAAGUUUAUUUCAGAUUUCGUCUUGGGUUUUAAUAUCCUAGAACUUCAUUUUCCCUUGCUGGUUGAUAUUGCUAAUUGAUGCAAUCACCUA